CUCAGUAGACCCCAUAAUCCCCGCUUUAUCACUUGCUAGAGUGCUUAACAGCACAAAGAUAGAACGGACCAUUGAUUGAACGUUUCCGAAGGAGAAACGGAAUAAUCCGGGCUGAAAUGGCCUCGCUAGGAGAACCUGUCCGGCUGGAAAGAGAUAUUAACCGAGCCAUUGAACUACUGGACAAGCUUCAGAGAACCGGAGAGGUUCCCCCGCAGAAACUCCAGGCACUCCAGAGGGUUCUACAGAGCGAGUUCUGCAAUGCCGUCCGUGAGGUGUAUGAGCAUGUGUAUGAGACAGUGGACAUCAACAGCAGCCCAGAGGUGCGAGCCAGCGCUACUGCCAAGGCGACGGUAGCGGCGUUUGCGGCCAGAGGCCACUCUCACCCGCGUGUAGUGGAGCUGCCCAAGACUGAGGAAGGCCUGGGCUUCAACAUCAUGGGAGGCAAGGAGCAGAACUCCCCAAUCUACAUCUCCCGCAUCAUCCCCGGCGGCAUCGCCGACCGCCACGGCGGGCUCAAGAGAGGGGACCAGCUGCUCUCCGUCAACGGAGUGAAUGUGUGCAUCCCGGCAGAAAGUGCUAGAACUGCUCUGUAA